UUGGUUUGCUGCGCCUGAUUGGUUGACUAAACCAAAUUAGCGAAUGUUUUCCUCGUCAUCAAGUUAGAGAGACCGGUAGUGCUGACAGCAAGGCAGGCAUCAAAUGGUAGACUUUCUUCUGUUUACACGGUCAGGCUUUUGAAGAAGUGCAAUUUGCAAUGCGAUUCCGGAGUGUUUAGCAGAUAAAGAGGAGCCAGAGAUCCAGUUCCUUAUGGCUCUGUAUGAUGAGAACCUCCAGAACAACCCUUUUUAUCUGGCGCUGGAGAAGCAGCGUCCCGACCUGUGCAGCAGAGUGGCAGAGCUCCAUGGCAUCGUUUUGGUGCCGUGCCGUGGAAGUCUAACCCUUGGAGCGUACACAGCAGCCCAGUUUGAAACCUACGUUUUACAGCCCUCUGGAGAGGGAUAUCAGACUGUAGAUGGGAAGGAACUGACCAUCCAGGACAGCCAGGUCAGACUGGGCACAGGGUUCCAGGCCCCUGCCAACGUGCCCAUCCUGUUUGAGGAGACUUUUUACAAUGAGAAGGAGCAGAGCUACAGCAUCCUCUGUAUCGCCAGGCCCAUCGACACAGACCAAAGCCCAGUGGAGGUGACCCCCAGCCCAGGCCUGUACUGUCUGAAGAAUGUGGAGGAUGUCCGGGAGUUUCUGGGCCGCCAUGCGGAGAAACUGGACAAGUUCAUAAGCAGCUUCUGCCAUUCCUUUAAAGAGCAGGAAAGGAAGGGACUGCGACACCACAUCGACUCAGUGAAUGCCCUUUAUACUAAAUGUCUUCAGUGCCUGUUGAGAGACUCAAGCAUGAAAGUGCUGGCCAAACAGGAGCUCCAGAUGACUCUCCUUAAACAAUCGGUGGAAAUGUAUAUACAUCAUGGUAUCCAUGAUUUAAUCUUUAACUUUGUGGGAACUCUUGAAGCCAGCCAGGAUUCUGCCUUCAACAAAACCACCAGAGGUCUGCAGGACCUGCAGCAGAAAGACUUGGGGGUCAAAUCUGAAUUUAGUAUAAAUAUACCCCGGGCCAAGAGAGAGCUGAGCCAGUUGAACCACUGCACCUCUCCUCUACACAAGCUGCUCUGCCUCAGAAAGGUGGGACUCGCCAUCAUGCAGUCCCCAAGCAGCUCAGUGAGCAUAGAGGCCGUAUGUGCAGACGAUCUUCUCUCUGUCAUUCUGUACUUACUUGUGAAGACGGAGAUCCCCAAUUGGAUGGCCAACCUGAGCUACAUCAAGAACUUCCAUUUCUGUAGCUCCACCAAGGACGAGCUGAGCUACUGGCUGACGUCGUUCGAGGCCGCCGUCGAGUUCAUCAGCCAGGGCAACCUCAACCUGAGCCAGGAACAAAAGGGCUCAGGGGAACUGAACGACAAGGUGCGUUUCACACAGAAAAUAAACCUGCUCUGUCAGAACGAUGCUACCCCCAUCAACUGUCUGUUUGAGCACAUAGCCAACGGUAACGAAGCGGAGGUCAAGCGUGUGUUGAGUGAAAACGAAAGCGAUGAGGACGGGGUGAAGAUGUGUCACCCCCUUUGCUCCUGUGAUCACUGUGAGCUCCGGGUCUCUGGAAGACUGAAUGACCCGUCCAUUGUAACGCCCUUCUCUCGAGACGAUAGAGGAUACACGCCACUUCAUGUCGCUGCUAUCUGUGGUCAGUCCCUGUUGAUCGACCUGCUGGUGUCUAAGGGCGCUCUGGUGAACGCCACAGACUACCACGCCCUCUCACCCCUGCACCUCUCCUGUCAGAAGGGCUACCAGGGAGUCACGCUGCUGCUCUUGCACUAUAAGGCAAACACAGAUGCCCAGGACAACAAUGGAAACACUCCUCUGCACCUGGCCUGUAUGUAUGGACAUGAAGAUUGUGUUAAGGCUCUGGUGUACUACGACCUGCCCACGUGCCGUCUGAACAUCCAGAACGACAAGGGGGACACCCCCCUGCACAUCGCGGCCCGCUGGGGCUACGAGGGCAUCAUCGAGGUUCUGCUGGAGAACGGAGCCAGCACCACCAUCUACAACAAGGCCAAGGACUCUCCACUACAGUGUGCUUUGAAUUCUAAGAUUUUGACGCUGCUGGAGUUGACACAACACAGUUCUCACAGAAGAGAUGGCAAUGAUUCCCCUAACCGCUCUCCCGAGGCCUCUGACUGCAGCAGCCGCCGUUCCUCUGUCUCCAGCACCACCUCCCAGAGCUCUGAGGCCAGGCCCGACUGCGACAGGGUCCUCCACAAAGAGGUGGAGAAGUUGCUGCGUGCGGCCGCCGAUGGAGACAUAGAGAUGGUGCGGUACCUGUUGGAGUGGUUGGACGAGGAGCCAGAGGAGGAGGAAGCAGGGCUGCCCUCCUGGACUAAGUUGUGCCACCCACUGUGCCAGUGUCCACACUGUGGGCCGUCACAGAAGAAGUUUGUGUGCCUGCAGGCCAGUGGUCUGGGUGUGAACAGCAGUAGUGUGGAUGGCUUCACUCCCCUCCACGUGGCGGCGCUCCAUGGUCACACGGCGCUGGUGUCCCUGCUCAGCCGCAACGGGGCCAACGUCAACGCACGCAACAACCAGAGUGCCACGCCACUGCACCUGGCCAGCCAGAACAGCCACAUACAGGUAGUGACAUCACUGCUGGAGUGCAAUGCCAAGCUGAAUAAGAAGGAUCGCUAUGGCAACACCCCUCUGAUUCACACCUGCCUCAGAGGUCACCUGGACACGGCAACCAUCCUGCUGCAGAGCAACGCCUCAGUGAACCUGUCCAACAUCCAGGGCAACACGGCCCUGCACGAGGCUGUGAAAGGGGGCCACCUGGCCCUGGUGGAGCUGUUACUGCAGGCUGGAGCCUUGGUCCACAUGAGGAACAAGAGACAGAGGACAGCACUGGACUGUGCUGUGGAGACCAGGGGAAAAAACACUGAAAUCCUGAGGACUCUUCAGAAGGCAUCUGGAGACUCCCACAAUGCUGAACCAAUCAAACUGCUCUCUGUGCCCAAGGGGGCUCUGGGUAAGAGAGUCGGUAUAGACACCAGCCACUGUUUUUCCUUGACCACCUACCUGCUAGAGCGUGAAGCACACUCAUUUGUCCAGCGGCUCAAGCAUCAGCAGGUUAAUGUCAGUGGGAGACGUCAGAAGCUGGCCCAGUCAAUAAACCGUGUUCAGCAAAUGAAGAAAGGUCUUCCCAGGGACACCAGUGUGCCUUCCAUCAACUCCCCCACUUCUGAGAGGUGGAAACUGAGGCGGGGGGAGACCCUGGAGAGCGGUGGGCCAUUCAGCAUCUGCUCUAGCCCAGAGGGAAGCCCCAAGCCUGGUGACCAAAGGGACAGAGAGAGGGCUCUGAGCCGCAGUCACACUUUGGACACAGUGCACCCCCAGUCUCCUCAGUGGGGCCGGGACCGGAGACACACAGGAGAGGCCGAGGCAAAUGAGGACACAAACAUAGCUAAAGACCCUUCAGACACUCCAGGUGAACCAUUGCAUACAUACACACCUGACAUACACACACCCGACCCGUCAAGUACACGCACGCCUGACAUCCCAUCAAAUACACAACAAACCCCCAGCAGCGACCUGUCACACACUCACGAGGUUCCAUCACACACACCUUGCCAAGUCAAUGGAGACCGAAACGGAGAGGAAAAUAAUGUCCACACCUCACCAGACACCGAAGUAGAGUCUAAGAGGAACUGUCCUGAGACUGAGAGCCCACCCAAAGACAUGGAGGACCUGGUAGAAGAACUGGUAGAAGAAAUAGAGGUACUCUGAGGUGCAGAGGCCAAGGCAGACCCCAGUCAAGGGAGAAAUUGCACAGUGUCCAGAGAAGAGUGGGGCCUAUUUGUAGUUAGUUGACCUGACUGUUAUUUUAAGCACUUUUUCUCCUUGCCUUCACGAAAAAGGGAUGCAAAACAUGUUAAUUCAACUUGAUGCGAAUGUAAUUCUGUUUUAGCUUAUUUUAGUUUUGUUGCUCACCCUUAUAAAAGAGAUGGUCGAUAGAACAUUCUGACAGUGGAUAGUGACAUAGCAUAUCAGUAUGUUUUUAUUGUUUUGUCUACUUGACAAAAAUGCUAAUCUGAAUAUCUAUGAUUAUGUUACAUCUGGAUGUUUUUUUUUUAUUUGAACAUAUAAAAUCAGGGCUCUAUUUUUAAAAAUGUAGUUUCAUUUGAUUACAGUCCUGCGGUUUGGAUUUUAUUUUAUUUACUGAGUUAUUCCCAUUUAGAAAACCAUAAAUUGACAUAGGUUAGAAAUGUCCAUUUAUGGUUUUCUAUCUAUAACACAAUGUACCUCCCUGGUGUGUGGCAUUUGAAUGACUAUGCAUAGUGAGGCCACACUUGUAUCCCAGUGAAUGUCGAAACGCUUAGAAUAGUUAUCUUGGUUGCUUUGUAGGUAGAGACAGAACCAUAACAGUGUAUACGCACAAAUCUUUAUACGGUAGCUCAAUCCACUGACUCCACAAAUGGAUAGUACUGUCGCUAAAUACUGCUUUUGAGAAUAUAAUAACACAAUUGCCAUAUUUAAUUUGUUUAUCCAUCACCUUUACUCUAUUCCGAUAUUUAUCCUGUAGAAAAUAAUCGAAUGCAAAAACAAAAGUGUUUUAAUGUAGCAUUCAACUGAUAAUUCAAUUUCACCUCUAUGGCAGUUGAUCCUAAUCCUGCAAAGCGAGGCCAUAUAGGACCCAACCAAUUCUAUGGGGAGUUUGCACUUUCGAGUACCAUUUUUUUUGGGGGGGGGGGAUGUUUUAUCAGCAACACUCUGAAAUAUCAGUAGUUUUGAACUGACAUUUAUUGAACUCAUCAUUAUCCAGCACAUACAGUACAUUGAACACAGAUGACUAGCAUCAGUGUACAGAUGUAUUUUGUAUUUCAAAGUUACUGUUUUGGUUUAUACAGUAGCAGUUGUCCACUCCAAUCUCAAUGUUGAUUAUUUUCCUACUAAAGUAUUUUAUUACAUUUUUUUAAAUGUUAGAUGCAGUGAACGUGCCUUAUUUAAUUUGUCAAAUUAACCUGUAAUAAACUCAUGAUCAAGAGGUCA